AUGUGAUUAGUGCAACGCUCUGGGAGCUCCAUGUAAUGGGAAUUAAUAACCUGGGUUGCUGUCUGUGCCCAGUCCCUGUGGGUUUACCUUUACCAGCCUUACCCGGCGGCAGAUCCAUGUACUAAAUUAUCAGUUUCUUGAAUUCAGGCAAAAGAUCCCGAACUUUAUCAGAGAGACGUGUCAUCAACGGAGAUUAUACGUCAUUCCGGUCAUGGAAAGUCUGGCCAAUCAGUAAGUUCCUCAUUAAAUAUGGACUUUGAAUGAAAGUCAAUAUAUUCACUUCUUCUAUGGAUCCCAAUGAUUUCCAUAUCUACCCCUCCCGUCCCUUUAAUCAUUUCACCCCGCCCCUCUCAUACUCAGGCUCCUCCCAUCACUAACAGACAGUUGUGUAUAUCAGUCCCUGCCCUGUAAUGAUUGGCUCACACUUGGCUUGUGAUUAGUGCAGUUCUCUCGGCAGCUCCAGGAAUAGGGAAUUAAAUAUCAGCCCCUGGGACUUGCGCCUUCCCUGUGUCAGAUUCAAGUACAACUGAGCAGUUUCCUGGAUUUACAGAAAAGAUCUUUAUCACAGAGACAUGUCAUCAACAGAGCUUGAGACCCCAAUACAGUCUGUGCCCAAAGAAGAGCCACCCAGUUACAACACCAUAGCACCCUAUGCCCCUCCAGACUCAUACCCACCACCCACCUCCAAUCCCCUAAUGGCCAUCACUCCUGUAAUGGGGCUUCCACCAGGGAUGGAGAAUCUGCUGCAGAUCAACCAGCUCUCGAUACGGGAAAAGUUUAAAGUGAGCCAGGGUUGGGCACGGAACUUCGAUGUGCUGAACUCCGCUGGGCAGGGGCUGUUCCAGGCAGAGCAACGCUUACAUUGCUGUGUCGCCAUAUUUGAUGUGAUAGUGAGAGACACGCAUGGGAACAGCAUGAUGGAGCUGCAUGAAGGCUGCCAUUGUUGCUCCAGGGAGAUGGAGGUUUAUACCCCGGCCAGAAGCCUCUUGGGAUCUGUCACCCUUCACUGGAACUCAUUUGUCACCCACCUGUCAAUCAUGGAUUCUUCCAAGCAAGUGCUCCUCCUCAUCCUCGGCCCCAGUCUCCAGGCCAACGUCUUUGGAAAUGUCAGCUUUGAGGUGAAGUCCAGUGAUGAACAACAUGUUGUUGGGAUGAUCAGACACACGAAUGAGGAAGUGACAGUUUCCUUCCCGUUGGAUAUGGAAGUGACACUCAAAUCAGUUUUACUUGGAUCAGCAUUUUACAUGGAUUGUCUCAUUUACCAGAGGAGAAGUGAGUUGCUUAGCACAAGAAACAGUGACUGAGAGUGGAAUCCCUAUGAUGUCACAGAACAGCAGUGAUGUCAUAUGGAGAUGCAAAUAUACUAUUGUAUGUAUAGACAUGUGCAGUGGUGAGAUGAAGCUGGAGUCGUGCAGUCGAUUUAUUGCACUAAUGAAUUGUUGCAGAGAAUCACUUGUUUGUAUAAUCUGUUGCCGUUUGGGAGACGUAUUUUUGGAUUUGUGGUGCAAUAACAGAUCUCACUUAGUUCCUCAUGAAUAAAACUUUGCUCUAAAUCCCUCAUUAAAGGCAAAUUCACCUUUUUA